AGUUCUCAUUCAGAAAUACAUUACACCCCCGCCCCCUUCUCUCUUACGCUGUCCCUCUUGCCCGUUUUUUCUCUAAUUGUCGUACAAAAACAGUUCUCAUGGGCUCACGCGUGGUCAAAGCUGGGACAAGCACUUGCCCUGGAGAGACUGGGGGAUCUAGACUUUUAUUUUCCCAAAAAGGCACCAGAUGAAUACCAACUAGGGCUAAAUGGAAGCAUAACUCAGAACCACAGGCUACAGACGUGGAGCGACCUCUCACAGUGCGAUGGACAAGCCUUAUGGUCAAGAGGUGAAGUUUAAGCUGGAUAUGGACAAAGCCCAUCCUGCACCCAGCACCUUGGCCAGAGGAGAGUGGUCGAGCAAAAUGGAGUUCCUCUUGGCUGUUGCAGGACAAAUUAUAGGCUUAGGAAAUGUGUGGAGGUUUCCCUACCUGUGCUACAAAAAUGGAGGAGGGGUCUUCUUCAUCCCUUAUGUUCUCUUCCUCUUUACCUGCGGCAUCCCCCUGUUUCUCCUGGAGACGACUCUUGGCCAGUACACGAAACAGGGAAGUAUUACCUGCUGGAGGAAAAUUUGUCCACUUUUUGAAGGGAUGGGUUACGGCAGUCAAGUGGUUGUUUUAUACUCCAGCAUCUAUUACAUAAUCAUAUUGGCCUGGGCUUUCCUGUAUCUCUUCUGCUCUUUCAACUCUGAACUUCCCUGGGCGAGUUGCGGAAACAGCUGGAACACAGAGACCUGUGUUGAGUUUGAUCGAAGGCCUGCUGAUUUGAACUGGACUGUAGCUGAAAAUGCAACAUCACCAGUGAGAGAGUUUUGGGAGAGAAGAGUUUUGAAUGUCACAGGAAAUAUCCAUGAGUUAGGUAGCAUACGAUGGGAGCUGGCUCUGUGUCUUCUGUUGUCCUGGAUCAUCUGUUACUUCUGUGUCUGGAAAGGAGUAAAGUCCACUGGGAAGGUAGUUUACUUCACUGCCACAUUUCCAUACCUGAUGCUGGCAGCGUUGCUUGUUCGUGGACUCACGUUGCCGGGGGCCUUAGAUGGGAUUAAGUUCUACCUCUACCCAGAUCCAUCCCGCCUGACUGAUCCACAGGUGUGGAUGGACGCUGGCACACAAAUAUUUUAUUCCUAUGCUAUUUGCAUUGGGUGUCUAACUGCACUUGGCAGUUAUAACAAGUACAACAACAACUGUUACAAGGACUGUGUAUAUUUGUGCCUUCUGAACAGUGGGACCAGUUUUGUAGCUGGCUUUGCCAUCUUCUCUGCACUUGGAUUUAUGGCAUAUGAACAGAACACAGACAUAUCAAAAGUGGCAGAGUCGGGUCCUGGCUUGGCAUUUAUUGCCUAUCCUCGAGCAGUUGCCAUGAUGCCUUUUCCUCAGGUCUGGGCGAUUUUCUUUUUCGUUAUGAUCAUCCUACUGGGACUGGACAGUGAGUUUGUAGGUCUGGAAGCCAUGGUAACAGCGAUUGCUGACACAAAUCCUUCCUUUUUCCACGUUGGCCAUAGACGUAAACUUCUUCUACUUGCUAUCAGUGUUGUUAGCUUCUUCAUUGGCCUUGUGAUGGUUACAGAAGGUGGACUGUACAUAUUCCAGCUAUUUGACUACUAUGCCUGCAGUGGGAUGACUCUACUUCUCUUUGCAACACUGCAGUCUUGUUGUGUUGGAUGGAUAUACGGUGCAGACCGCUUUUAUGAUAACAUAGAGGACAUGAUUGGAUACAAGCCAUUAUCCCUGAUUAAGUAUUGUUUGAAAUAUGUCACUCCAGUGAUAUGCAUGGGUACGUUUGUUUUUUCCUUGAUCAAAUACACCCCUCUGAAGUUCAAUAACACAGUUGAGUAUCCAUGGUGGGGUUAUGCGCUUGGCUGGUGGUUCACUCUCUCCUCUACACUCAUGGUCCCUUUAUUUAUGAUGUACAAAGUGAGCACCACUCCAGGUACACUGCAACAGAGGAUCUCCAUCUUAUGUACUCCAGCUGAAGACCUGUCUUUGAACAAAUCAGAGAAAACGGCACUUGAACUGCUCAACUUGACCUCAUCUCCUGACAGCAUGGUGUCCGAGUGACCACAACAACAAACAUGCUUUCUCCUCGGUUUCUGAGCUGUCAGACACAUUUUAUAGUCUUUGUUUAGCAAAUGCAGCUGUCUCAGCACUGACAGCUAGCGAGUUGGGCUGCAACUAAUGAUUACUUUCAUUAUCAAUUGAUCUAUUGCUUUUUACUUGAUUUGUUUUGUAAAAUUUAAGAGAAUAUGGAGAUAUGCAUAUUACAGUUUCCCUAAGCCAUGAGUUGAUCUCUUCAAAUGUUCUAAAGACAUUCAAUUUACAAUAAUAUAAACCGUGAAACCGCACAUUUCACCGGUUAUUAAGUAAUCUGUUGAUCAAUUGAUUAAAUUGUUCCAGCUCUAUCAGCAAGUGCCCCUUAAAUUUUGACAGUCAUCUAGGAACAGCCAUGCUCAAAUUCAAACUGAUAUUUUAAAUUGUUACCUAUGUGAAGAAUAAGGAUAUGAGUGUUUUUGUUUUAACCAGGUUGUAUAACUAUGUUUAGACUAAAAAUGAUAAACACUUGCCAAAUAAGCCAUACAGAUUCAACAUAUGAGUCACUUUUAAGUUACUGUGAAUAACAUGUACAUUUCAUUUCAAAUUGUCAAUAUAACUAAAUUAAGCAUUGACAUAAAAGGGGAAAGGUUGUCCAGCAAUGGCUGCAACUUAGCCGCCUGUGCCACGAAUUCAACACGGAAGUGUUUCUGACCUGUACAUAGUAAUGCUACUAUCAAUUCAGCAUUUACAAGUUUGGGUUUGGUGUUAGAUAAAACAAAACGCCAGCUGGUGGGAUUGGAAUGAUGGCUGUAACACUCAGAAUCACAAAGAGUAUAUUUUUAACAAAUUUAUCUAGAUUAUUAUCAACUCUAAGCUUAUUUAAUUAUAUAGUUUUUAUACAGAAGGUGCAGGUAAAUAUUCAUAUCAUUUUGUAUUGUUUGUUUGUGUCAUAUCAUGGAAAUUUCAUCCAUGGCAACAGUCCUCUGUGUAACAUGUAAAUGCUGUGAUGUGAAAUUGUUCACAUGUAAGCGUCACUCAAUCUGUUUUUAAAUGAAAAUGUCUGUUUCAAAAGAUAUCUGUUACACACAUUGUGUGAAUUCAGCCAUACAUCGAGUACAGUAUUGUCACUUUUUAUAUUACCUAUGGUUAACAGUAAAUACAUCCUGAGCUAAAAGUUA